AUGAAUCUUGAACGAAAUUGUGCUAAAGCUAGGUCGUCACCCAUAAGUGGCGCGCUGUGUGGCCCGAGCACAGUGACAAGUAAGCAAGGGUCGCUGUAUCUUGAUCGGCGCCCAAAUGCAGUGUUAAAUGAGCAAGGGGGCCAUAGAAACUUCUUUUUAAACGACUCCACUCAAAGUUGCUUAGAAGCAUAUGCUCCUAUCAAUUUUACACAGGACACGCAAAAGAAGUACUUUGACCUUAUUAAACGGGGGAGGAAUGAGAAAUGGUGUUGGCAUCAUCGUGGCAAGACUUUGACACAAGAUGUUGUAGAUGUUAAAAGGUUAGGAGAUAGAAUUAUGGCAAUCAACAUUGUAAUAGGACAAGAACUCAUCAACGUGAUUAGUGCGUACACACCUCAAGUAGGGUUGGAUAUGAGUUUGAAGAAGAAAUUUUGGGAAGACCUUGAAGACUUGGUGCAAGGAAUCGCUCAGACGGGAAAGGUAUUUAUAGGAGGAUAUUUAAAUGGACAUGUGGGCAAGGAGAUGGACAACUAUGGAGGUUUUCAUGGUGGCCAUGGUUUUGGGGAGAGAAACGAGGAUGGGGAACUCAUCUUGGAUUUUGCAAUGUCAUACAAUCUCUUCUUAGCCAACACCUUCUUUAAGAAGAAAGAAGAAUAUGUGAUAACCUACAAGAGCGGGCCGUCAAAAACACAAAUAGAUUUUCUUCUAAUGAGGAAGAUGGAUAGUAUAAAUUGUAACGAUUCCAAAGUUAUACCGGGAGAGAGCUUGGCUAAUCAACAUUGCUUGUUGGUGAUGGAUAUACAUAUCAAAAGAGAGAAAACAGAACAAGACCUUGAAGUGCCCAAGGACUAG